AAGUAGUUAUCGGAUUUUUCUAUAUUACUAAAUAUCUCUUUUUUUAGUAUUGGGUUCGCAAAUAUUUAUCUAUUUCAUCAGAGCCACAUAAAAUUUUUUCGCUCAAUCCGUGCUCAUUUCCGAUCCAACUGAUCAAAUUGAUAACUUUGUCCUGAAAUCUUAAAAUUAUUCACCAACUAUAGAGGAGACCAUUCCCCUUUGAGGGUAGAACGAUAUGUAUUACUUUGCCUUAUACACAUCAAUAGUACUAGCGGUAGUGCUAGUUCCGUUCUUAAUUCCUUUAAAGUCCAGAAAUAUAUGGCAUAAUUAUAUUAAAACGAUUCUCAGUGUGUGUCUCCUUGUAUCAAUUUUGAUUACAAUUACUCCUGAAGCAGCUGUCAACGGUGCUCCAAUCAACAAAUAUGGUAAGGAAAAAAUAGCAUUUUUGAGUUGUAACUAUCAGAUAGUAUCUAUGACUACAUUUUGCAGUAGUCCGGAAUUUGACUAUUGUUACUGUAUAAAUCCAUCAGCACUAUCCACAAUAUCCCAUUGUCUACUUGUUGGCCAUCCCGAGGAGGUCAAAGAAUUCUUAGGUCAAUGCCAACAAAAUUAUAACAUCACAAUAACAGAAGAUCAAUUCAAAAAAGCUCAUGAAGAAUACUUGGAACAUUCAAAAUCAAUAGAUGAAAUUGAAAACUAUUCUCCAUCAAAGUUGGUUGAUUUUCCUGUAAAAUUAAAUGAAUCUUUGAUAUUGGGUUUCAGAGAUUCUUUUGAUAGAUAUCUUGGAAACUAUGAUAAAUCUAUUAAUUACGGUGGCUAUAUUGUUGUUUACUGGAUUAUUGUAUUUGUAUUGGCUGCUAUUUCUAAUUGGUCAAAGGUAUUAGUUCCAAGAAUAAUCAAGAGUUAUGGUACUGCAACACUCUGGAACUGGGUACGCAAGAAUAUCCUGUUACCAGCUUCAGUUGGAAAACAUAAGACAACAGAGAAAAAAGCAUUUGGAUUAAUUUCAAUGCUAGUUCCUACCAGAAUUGAAACAAUUAUAUUGACUGGGUUCUUGAUUCUAUGCUCCUUUUUCACUGUUUACGACAUUAGUGCUGCUGAUAAUGACCCCUUAUUUCCUUCAAAGACUAAAUCUAUUGCAAGAAUGUUAGCUGUGAGGGCUAGUAUAUUGACCAGUCUGUCUAUGCCAUUAAUGAUAUUAUUUGGUGGCAGAAAUAAUUUCUUGCAGUGGUUAACCAGAUGGGAUUAUGCAACUUUCAUAGCACUCCAUAGAUGGACUUCUAGAGUAAUUUUUAUUUUAGUAUUAGGUCAUGCAAUAGGUUACACAAUUUAUUUCGGAAGUAUUGACCUGCCAUACCUUCACGAAAGUUAUGUUAAAUGGGGACUGGCAGCUACCAUGGCAGGUUUAGCAAUCAUGGUUCAAGGGCUUCUAGUAUUGAGAAGGAAUUGGUACGAAGUAUUCCUCUUAUUACAUAUUAUUCUUGCUGCAAUUUUCAUAAUAGGUGCUUGGGUACAUGUCCUAAAUUUAUAUUGUUCAUGGUUUUAUUAUUACUCUGCUGCAGUUUGGGUGUUUGAUCGUAUAAUAAGACUUGGAAGAUUGAUUUCGUUUGGGUUUCCUCAGGCAUCAGUAACUCUUCUUGCAGAUGAAACUCUUCGAGUAGAAGUUCCAGUUCCUGAAGAUUGGGAAAUAAUUCCGGGAGGGCACGUAUUUAUUCAUUUCUUAAAACCAAGUUGUUUUUGGCAAUCUCAUCCCUUUACAUAUAUAAAGUCUUCCAAUGACAGAUCUAUAGUAUUGUUUAUCAAAGUCAAACAAGGAGUGACACAGAGACUAUAUAAAGAAUUAUUGGCAGCACCAAAUAAUGAAUUGAAGUUACGAGUAGCCCUUGAAGGAUCUUAUGGUGAAACUUCUCCAGCACGCUACUACGAUAAUUCAAUAUUUAUAGCAGGUGGAAGUGGAAUUCCAGGUAUUUAUUCAGAAGUUUACGAUUUAUUGAGGAAUUCAAAUGACUUGAAAGGGACUCUCAAAUUAGUGUGGAUAAUGAAAGAUAAUCGAUCAGUUCUUGGGUUCCGCAAGGAGCUCUUACAAUUAAAAGAUUCAAAAGUAGAUGUGACAAUUUUCAUCACGAAGUCAGUUAUGCCGAUAUUAACUGAACAAGCAGUAACAAGCAGAGAUAGUAUAUUACAAAAAGCUGAUAGUUUCUUGAGCUACAGCUCAUUUGAGGAGUCGAGUCUCUCUUCAAUAAAAAUGAUUACAAGGCAAGAGUUAAAUGGGGAACACUUGAGGAAGGAAUUUGGGUUCAUUAAGUUUCAGGAAGGUAGACCAGAUAUUGAGAAAUUAGUUAGUCAAGCUAUAAAAGAAUCGACUGGAUCGAUAUGUUUUGUAACCUGUGGUCAUCCUGUUAUGGUAGAUGAUAUUAGAGCAACAAUUGUUGAUUCUAUAGAUAUAAAUGAAAAGAAAAGGAUUGAUUUCUUUGAACAAUUGCAAGUUUGGGCGUAGACUUGGAUAUAGAUUUGAUAUAUAGAAGUUUUUUUACGUUUUUAAUAGAUUAUUUUGAAACAUUUUAUAU